AUGUUGGUUUAUGGGUCCACAGUAGCGAACGAUUUGGAAGAAGAUACCUUAGCAUUGUUAAAUUCAGAUCCCGGAAAUCCUAUUACGGCUUCACAACCAUUAGAUUCUUCAAGAAAUAUACACAUUUUACAAGAUGUUCAAGUAGCUCCACCGAAUAACAUACAAAAUGAAUCUCCUAAAGACAGCGAAACUGAGACUGCCCACACUUGUAACGCGGAAAAUAAUUUCAAUGAUGGUAUUCCUAUACUAGAUGAAAUAAUCAAUAAUAAAGUAACCCAAGUUAUCGUUUCUAAAAAUCCACACAAUCAAACAGAUGUCAAACAAGAAACCUUUGAUAAUCAUAAAAUUCUUUAUGUGAAAAUUCCAAAUUCUGCUUCAGCCAUAAAUGAAUUUCUUAGAGAAUACACAUCCAAUGACAGAACAUUUUAUCUGUACUUCCAUGAGGAUUCACUUUAUACUAUGUUUAAUAGAGUCUUCAUAGAUAAUUUCGAUAGCAACGAAUUAAAAUUAGUUAAAUGUACAAAAUUAAUCAAUACUGUCAAAGAAAAAGAUGAGCAACUUAUGCUGAUUAAAUUUCAACAUGAAGGCAAGAGUAAUCACAGAGGAAUCAAUGAAACAUUAGAAAAACUCAAACGAAAUUAUUAUUGGCCCCGCAUGAAGUCCGAUAUCACACAUUUUAUUAACGAUUGUGUAAUUUGCCAAAAAGCCAAAUAUUCUAGAAAUCCCCCAUAUAUUCCACUGGUAUUGACAGAAAGCAUAGGAAAACCCUUCCAAUUAUUACAUGCUGAUGUAUUUACAUUCAAUAGUCAACAUUUUCUGACGAUUAUUGAUGCUUUUUCCAAAUUAGGACAAGCAGUUCCAAUCCAAGCAAAGACCUCUGUCGAAAUUUGUAGAGCAUUCUUACAUUAUUUCUCAUAUUAUGGUCUACCUGAGCGUAUUACUCUUGAUAAUGGUACAGAAUUUAAAAAUGAGACUGUUAGGGAACUCUUGAAAUGUCAUAAAAUCGAUGUGCAUUUUACUACACCUUUACAUCACGAAUCAAAUUCACCAAUAGAAAGAUUCCAUUCAUCACUAAUUGAGCAUCUCAGAAUACUUUUACAAAAAUUUCCAAAAGAAACGACCACUAACCUUAUCAAUUACGCUUUAAUAGCAUAUAACAGUUCAUUACAUUCUGCUACAAAAUUCACGCCAUUUGAAUUGACUUUUGGGCACACUAUUUCCAGAGAUCCUUCGGACCUUAUCGAAACUACUUUUUACUCUGACUAUGCUUCAAAUCAUAAAGAUAAAAUGAAACAUCUAUACCAGCGUAUUUCAAAUGAUUUGCAGGAAAAUAAAGCCAAAGUACUCGAAAAACGUAACAUUCAUGGUAGCUCACAAUAUCAGUUCAAAGUAGGGCAAGUAGUCUAUAAAGCUAAUCGUAGAAGAAAUAAAAAAGACAACAAAUUUAAAGGUCCAUUUGAGUUAGUAGAAAUCUUAGAACAUAACAAAGCAAAAAUAAAAAAUAAGUCCACAAAUAAAAUAGAAAUAAUACAUAUGAAGGAACUCAAAGUCCCUUCUAUUUCAGGAUCCUCGCCUGCAGCGGAAGAUCGACAACAGAACUAG